GACAAAGAAACACUGAAAGGAGAAGAACGCACUCGAUCAAGAGAGUGAAAGCCAAGUCGGUUUUUGGUCACUCACAGCCGUUUGAAAAGCUCAAGGUCGGCAGUGCUACAAGGAACGAAAUCAAGCUUCGGUGCAUUCAUCCCCGAGAAAGAAGGAUAUACUUCGACGUAUCUACAGACCGGCUCCCUCCGAUAUUGCAAGUGCAUCGACGUUGCAAUUGCAAUUGAUCGGUAACAGUGAAAGUGUCACAAGAGCAUAUCGUCAAUCAGCACAUACCCCGCUCUUUCACUUCACUUCCCACCAGCUCUAACACCCACAAGCGUUCCUCGCAAACCACACGAUAUCAAACAAUGCAACUAGCAACCUUAUUUCCAUGUAUCCCCUGCGAUGGCUCGAACAACCGGAAUCAACAUCAACACCGCCCCCGAAUCUCAAAAGCCAUGAUUGGUCUUCCGUCCGGAUUUCAGCAUGUGGGACAUAUGGGUGCGGGUGAUGUCGCGCCAGGAGCCACGAUUACGGACGAUUCCUCGGCUAUGCAAGAAAUCUCGAAAGCGUUGCACAAUAUACCGAUGAGUGGGAUUCAACCGCCGCGGCGGGCGCCUGCGCCGCCGACGUUGGCUUCGCCUGUACCGGUUGGGAAUGGGAGGGAUAAUAGGUUCUGGGGUGUCGAAUACGGGAAACGGGAGAAUGGUGGAGAAGAACAAGGCCUCACCCGUGUCCGGCGUUUCCAUCAGGAUAAUGCGCACAGCUUCUGUACACCCACUCAAAUCGCUUCCGAAAAUGCGGAUACGUUGAGGUUCGUACAUGCGGUGUUUACUGUGUUUCAACUCCCGAGUUAUGAGUUCCUGUCGACAAGACCAGAGACGUUCAUUGGGGGGUUGGGAGAGUGGGAGCAAGCUGAGGAUGCGUUGAAGGAGGCACUCGAUACGAUACCACUGGACGGGAAUGGUCGGCGAAGGAAGGCGAUGGACCAAAGAUCGACAUCGUACUCAAAGACCGGACGGUUAAUUCCAGCGACGACGGCGGCGGAUGUCAUCGCGUAUGCCGAAGCCGUGCAGAGACGGUUAUCCGGUAUUUCUACUACGACUGAACCAGUACCACCAACUCCGACACUAGAACUGGCGACUCGUACAUUCUCUGUAGACAUCGACGCAUCCGAAGGCAAACCCCUAUCCAAAGCACAGAAACGAAGAGCCAACUUCACCCUGGUCGUCGGGCAGAAAGAGAUGAAGAACGGGACUGUUACGAUGGGGGAGAAGAGUGUGGAAGAGGUGUAUCGGAUGCUUUUGGAGUUGGAGAGGACGUAUCAGUAGAUAGACUAGACUCGUGCGCCGGCGCCUAUGGUCAACACACGAUGAAAUUGAGCAAAUACGCGCCCCCGGACGUCGAUAACACCCCAAAAUUUAAACCUUGCAUCCGAUUUCUCAUUGUUCAAAUACCACAUGCCCGGCUACUCGACCGUAACACUACCACUCUACUCGCCGCCACUGACUCAAUUCCACUCACGUCUACUCCUCAUCACUCUCAACAAUCCUCCUCCUCUUCGCCUUCUGCCCCUGACUCUGACUCUGUCC